AUGCAUCACGCGUUGCUAGUUGAUGAAAUCCUGCUGAACAUACUUGCCGCGCUACGAGAAGCAGACGCACCAUACAGUCAGCUUAAUGCUGUCGCUCGGACAUGUCAUUUCCUAUCACCUCUGGCAUUGGACUUCUUAUGGUCUGAAUUGCCAGACGCAAGGCCCUUGCUCCAAUAUAUAAAACCAAGGAUACCAAAUGACCCGCACAUAUCAGUACCAUCCGCAUCCUUCCAGCGCGCUGCGUCCCGUGUCCGUAAACUAUCAUGUCCCGCUCUGACAUGUUCAGAUACCCACUCCCAAAUCGCCCUUACAGAACAACUACGAUUAUUGAGCAUGAUGGACAUCACGACCUCGUUGUUUCCCUCCCUCCGUCGACUGUCAUGGACUGACACUGAUCAAUCACGUUAUGUGUAUAUCCGACUUUUCCUAAGUCCUACCCUGGAGUCGCUCGAGCUGGAUUUCUUUUUCCAUAAACCUCCCAACUUUCCCUUCCUAACUAUACUGCCAAAACUCUGCCCCAACCUCCAUAGCAUGUCAAUAAGCAAGCACCCUGUCAUAUCCUUAUCAGAAGACGAGGGUCCCUCUGCCGUUCGGACGAUUUGUCGGCUGCCUCGUCUCACUGCCUUAGAAUGCAAGUCAUCGACCAUCAGCGAAGCAGAUAUUCUGCACCUAUCUCAACUCAAGUCACUCGUGACGUUAAGCUUGGGUAUCCCUUCGUGGGUGUCAAGCGACCGCAGAAGCUCAGCACCUCAUAGUUCCAGGGCAGCCAAAGAAUGUGCUGAUUGCUUGUGGUUCUGCAACCUGCGCAAUCUGCAUCUUCGUGCAUUUAGUAUCCCAAUUAUCACAUCCUUCUUGGAACCUGGAUGCAGGCCUUUGCAGUCAGUUGUCUUCGACAUCUCUGAAGCACCGACCACUGCUUCCUUAACAGAGUGUUUUAGCACACUUUAUUCCAGUCACAAUGAAUGCAGCGCAAUGCGUUCUAUUAAAGUGCAAGACAGCCUUUCAAAUGCUACAUUCGGAGUCUCCCAAUUUCUUCCCAACUCAAAGAUUAUCACAGCGGACGUAUUCAAACCACUUUUCGCUUUCACCAAACUACGAAUUUUUGAUCUGGGCGUGUGCCUGUCAUUUUCUCUGGGUGACUCGGACCUUACAGCAAUGGCAAGCUCCUGGCCAGAACUUGAGGUCUUUUGCCUCAAUGAGGGGCGUGGCUGGCAUCUGUCCGCUUCUCAGCCUAGACCAUUGAUCACUGUCCGCGGUCUCCAAUCGCUGUGCACUCUGUGCCCGAGGCUCUAUCAAAUUGCGAUAGUCUUGAAUGCCCUAGAUCUAUUUCUUCCCUGUCCCACAACGUCCCUGUUCUCACGGCAGGACACAGCUCUGGUUCGUAAUUUGGCAGUGACCCGCCUAAGCUUAGGAGAUUCGAGAUUGGCCAAUCCACAAGAUGUCGCAUGUGCCCUGUCCAGUAUCUUUCCCUGCCUGAAGAAAAUCAGUGCGUGGCAGUAUCCUUUGGACACGUUGCCUGAAAGUCGGUAUUAUCGUAGGCUAUGGGAAGAAGUAAACAAUAUCUUGCAGCAGCGUUCGAACAGGGACAUUAUAGCGGUAGCCAAUUGA